AUGUUGUAUUGUCUCAAGAAAAUAGAGGACUCUGAAUUCCGAACAAACCCUAAUUGGCGGUUGAUACCGAAAAAUAAAGACAGUCAAUUUAAAUUGCCUAAUAAUGUCGGUAUUGCUCCUGAAAAUUGUGAUAUAACUACUCGUUUAAACUGUCGUUUGGAAGACUGUCCAGUUUUAUUAAAAUCAGAAAUUACAGAAAGAUUCAAUGUUCCACAUCUUAAGAAUUCUCAUAUAAGUAUAAUUACAAUAAGUUUGGAGGAAGACUUAUGUAACUCGAAUCUUUCUAACUUAACGAGACACUAUCUCCAUGCAGCUUUUAGUAUUAGCGAUCGAUUACUGAGUGAAGAAUAUUGGGUUGACUUCAUACACCCUUACACCGGUUUGCCGGCUAUUAGUCUUGGCGAUUUUUCUAAACUUGAACUUCCCUAUAAGCACAAAGUUUAUCAUGUCAGCAAGCGUAAGGAGUGCAAAGACAUUGUAGAGAAAAUAUCUCCAAGCGCUAUUACUCUUGGUAAUAUUUUUACAAACGCUUCUCCGACAAAAACUGAUAGAAUUCAAGAGAUUUUGGAUGAAGUCAUUGAUUUACAUUGCACUGAUAAUGGCUAA